GUCUUGGUCGUCAGAAACGCUCAGGGUUGCAGCAGAACAUCCCCCUUCGUCUUAUCCCCUUCAUCAUUUCUCUGUUUUUUAAGAAAAGCUCACGCAUCCUCCAUUUCACCCUCAUUCUCCCCCCUUUUCCGAACCGUGGUUGUUUUUUUGCGGCCAGUUGCAUGCAUUAUUCGUCUCCCAAAAUGGUUUGCGAGACUAAAAUUGUUGCGGACGAACACGAUGCUAUACCUGGGACCAAAAAAGAGUCGAUCAUGUGGAGCUCCCCUGCGUCCAGCGCGGCGUUGAACCCCGCAGACGCCAGGGAUGCGAGAAAGGAUGCGCUUUUUAUCCGCGAGUUCGAGCGCGGGGACGAAGAGGAGGUGCGCCGCAUCUUUAACGAGGGUAUAAUGGAGCGGAUACCCAACACGGCGUUCAGGGGGCUCGGGCAGCAGCCUAGGACCCAGUUUUUAUAUGCUCUUCUGACAGUAAUGUGCUUUUUCAUGACCAAAUCCGUCAUGCUGACCUGUUGUGCACCCCUCAUUCUCAUGGGUGCGCGCUACUACUACAGCAGGAAAGUUAUCCAGAAUUAUCUGGACUGUGCUCUGCACACGGACAUGGCUGACAUAGAGGCUUAUUACAUGAAACCCACAGGCUCUUGUUUCUGGGUGGCAGUACUCAACGGACGGGUGGUGGGCAUCGUGGCGGCACAGGGCCGUGAGGACGACAACACGGUAGAGCUUCGGCGCAUGUCUGUGGAUUCUCGCUACCGGGGCAAAGGCAUCGCCAAGGCGCUGGGCCGCCGUGUCCUGGAGUUCGCCGUGCGCAACAACUACGCCGCCGUGGUCCUGGGCACGACGGCCGUCAAGCUGGCCGCCCACAAGCUGUACGAAUCGCUGGGCUUCCGCCACACGGGCCAGAGCGAGGACUACAGGCUCCCCGGGAUGAGCCGCUCGCCGCUGGAGAGGCUUUUCUUCCAGAUCCGCUACAGCCGCUACCGCCUGCAGCUCCGCGAAGAGUGAGAGGUGACAGGGAGAGAGAUGGAGAGGGGGAGAUGGAGAAAGAGAGGGACAGAGAGAGAGAGAGAGAGCGACAACCCUCCUUCACCUCAGAGCCCCAACUGCAUCCUCUCCUCUGAAAGCUUCUAUUUAUUCUGUCAUUAGAGAUCACUUCAAGUACUGCUUGCAGUAACACUACUAUUUCAUCUUUACCGUCACUAACGUUUUUAUUACUAUUUUGCCUUUGUUGCUGUUUUUUAUUAUACUGUUACAUUUGAAAAGAGUUUGUUUCAUUUCUUCUAUUUUAUUAACCUACGUUUUGUAUCUUUGCCCCAAUAAUUGGCAUUCACAGAACCCCUCUAACCUACAUGCUAUGCACCCUCCCAGCCUUUAUUACUAGUUUACCUUCCCCCUAAUGUGCCCUUCUUCCCCACAGCAAACUUCAACAGACAAACAAACACAGGACAGACUAAUGAGACCAUUUAGUAUUUGGGGGCGAGUUUGGGAGGGGUAAUAUUGGUGAGGCCUUGACGUAUGCACCUAGACACGCUCUACAAAUGUUACAUUAUAUGUGAGCUUUGUAGCCUGAGUGUGGUCAGACCCUCCAGACACAUAUACACAAACACACACAAUCCUACUCGGUGGCUUAUGGCCAUUCUCUUAAGUCACCAUAUUGGAGCACAGCAUGCGAGUGUUACCGGCCCCCACAGUGAGAGAGAAGGUUGACAGGAUGGUUAGUGGAACAUGCAGUGUGUCCCGCGCCCUGAUCGGAGCUGUAUCAACACAGUGCAUCUUCCCUGUCCCCCCCUCAUCAUUCUUCUCUCUUUCUGAUGAACUCGCCUCUCCUUUCUUUAUUCACCGCCCAUUUAUGAUUCAUUACCAGCUCCUCUUGCCGGAGCUGUGGCGAGGGUGUCCGACCGGCUGAGGCGACAGGAGGGUGAAGCUUUCUUACUUUACAGUAUGUCACACUGACAGAGCCCAAGAUACAAUACAGCUGCAUGUCAGAGCCUGUGUGUGUGUGAGAUUGUUGAGAGUACGUGAUGUGUGUUUGGUGAUGCUGUUGUCAGGCAUUAGACCAUGCCUCAGCAGUGAAUUAUGUACAAUGAAUCCAUUUUCCUUUCGUUUAAACAGAUGUGCACCUUUCUUGUUACAAGUCAAGUAUUAUCUCACUAAACAUCACUAAUUUAUAUGCCUACUUAUAAAUUGUUUACAAGUGGAAUUAAGAAAAACCAACAUUUUGACAAAGCAUAGUAUCUGACUGAUAAAAUGAUAAUUUUAUAACUUUAAAACCACUGUGUAAUAUGCAAAUCUUACUGUCGAAACUACAACAACUACAGUGGCUGCAGUCUACACUCCACAAGGUUAAUCCAGGCUAUUGGGGGAACAACUGGAAAGACAUGACUACUAGCAAUACUUGCAGACCUACAGUACAUGAGCAACUGAGCACAAACAGCAGAUAAUUAUGAUUAUUAAAUUGACAUUAAUAUUUCCCCUCGCCAUGUAUUUAUAUUGUGUAUACAGUUGACAACUUGUGUAGCAAACAGAAUCUCUCUCAUAACAUCUUUCUCCAUCUCCAUCCUCUGGCCACACAACCAGCAGAAGAUUCAACCAUCCAAUACUCUGAGCCCUGGUUCUAUCAUCAAACCAUUUGUAAAAAGAAAACGAUGCAAAAUACAACAAAAAAAAAAAUCACAUACAAAGAAAAAAAAGUGAAAAAAAACUGCAAACGUAAUUGUCCUGAAGUCAGCACUGACUCUCUUUGCCUUGCCAACCUUUCCCCCCAAACUCCCCCUUCUCCUCAUUCAUGAAUCUGUCUGCAACCCUGGGCUAGACCCCACAACUUCCAUGAACCCUGCAUACCUUCCACUGACUUUUGACCUUCUCUGUUCCGGUCCCGACCCAUUCCCUGCCCAUAUCUGCAUGCAUGCCAGAGCCUUGCUGCAAUGCUUUUAUUAUUCCACCGAAAGCUUGUUGGACCAACCUUAGAGCCCCCUGCCCUACCCUGAUGUCAUCUAGGCAGGAUGUAUGUCGGAUGUACAGUGUGGUUGUGUGAGUAUGGAUGUGAUGCAACAAACCCAAAGUGAGAGAGAGAAAUGUGUUGGACACAGAAUAGACUUACCAACUGCAGCGCUGCCUGGAUGAUAUCGUGCCUGCCAGCCAACCAACUGUAGAAUGCAAAAAGCAAUGCAAGUGUGGCAUGCCUCUGUACCAAGUGUGUGUACGGUGCCUGCCCUGGAAAAGUGUAGAAAAAAGAACCAAUUAUCUAAACUAUAUAUAUCAAUACAUAGAAAAGGAAAAAAUGAUUCUUUUUUUUGAUGAACAUAUAAAAGAAAUGUGUGUUUCUUUUUGGAAAAAAGAAAACUGUAACAUUUGCAUGAAAUGUCUUGCAAAUAUAACUUUUAGCACUUGGCAAACAUGGAACCAUAGGCCUGUAAUGGGUUAGAUUACCUUCAAUGAUUUCAGCUCUCUGUAAUCAAAACAGGGGUGUGAAAUCAAUAUUUGCCUCUAGCCAGUGAUGAUAAAUCUAAUGGUAGCAGGGAACCAUUGUGUAGACGUUGCUCCCAAUCAGUCCAAUGUGCUUUUAUUUGUGCUGUGGUUUACUGGUCACGGGCUGAAGGUUUCCAUCCUUGAUCAAAGUGGGAGUGAGAGCAUGUAACUCAACGUAUCAUAGCUCUUUUUCCAAUAAAUCAGUUUGUAGUUAAGCCAAACUUUGAUUUAAAAUGGGCUUGUAAAGCAUAAUGCAAAAGAAAACAUGCAUUUUGUGCAUAGUGUUGUAUUUCAUUGUGAGCAUAUACAGUAUCAUGCACAGAAAUCAGAGGUCAAAUGUUCAGACACAGGUUAUUCCUGCUUUCUAGACAAAUCUUUACAGCAGACACAGAACCUCCACCUGUGCUUCUGAAAGCUCGGUGCUUGUUUUCUUUUGCAUUUAAAUUUGGGGGGUCCCCAGAACGGACAGAAGGGUCUUUGUGUGUGAAGUUCAUAGUUACUAACGGUUCUUUCUCCUCUCUUACUUUGUUCAAGCCAUGUGAAAUGAGCUUUGCUUCAGCAAAGUUUGUAUUUUAAUUUGAGUCAAUCUAAACGUACCCUACCAUGUACAGUACAAUUAAGGCACAAAUGCACUAAAAUCAUGAAACAGUAGUAUUUUCAAAAUGGCAUCAGCUGUUUCUAUCAGACCAACAUGUGGAGGAUGCCUCACAUCAAGCACCUGCUUGAACUUGGUUGCUGCUGGAGAGAAAAAAAAGGACCAGACCAUGACUUAUGAAAAAUGUCAGCUACCACUGUCGCUGCCAAACUACACUGGGCACCAACCUGUUGUUGAUUUGGCUGCGAAUACAAGAAUCUUAACUAUCUGUUUCCUAAUGAAUUAAAAUUAGAUGGCACAGCUGUAAAAGCCAGGUGUCAGUGGGGCUCAAACACCUGAUUGUCUCACAGCGGCAGAUAAUACAUUUGUGUCACCUACGGCAGCCAGUGUGUUUGGUUCCAGACAGGAAGCUGUGGUCUGGAGGUCCGUCAGUUCUGAGCCAUUCUGCUGCUGCCAAUUUCAGUUUUUGCCUGAUGAAAUUUAACAUACCCCAAAUGUAUUUUGGGAAAAAAAAGAUUAUAGUGGUACAUAUUCUGAGCAAAGGCAAUGUCAUUCAGAACGUCUUUGCCAAGGCCUUAUGCACUGGAAUGAAACGCUGGAGUUGCGAUAUCUUGUGAACUGCAUGGUUUAAAGCUAGUUAGAGGGUGAUUUUGACUUUUUAAGAUAAAAUGCACUGAAUUAAAUGCAUUUAUGUAUGUUUUCUACUUCAAGUGAAUGCGCUGUGUAGUCCCACCCUUAUUUAUAACUGGUACUGCAUACUUAAUGUUAGAAUGUAGUAAUUACUGUGUAUGCAACUCCCAGAGUGUAAUUUUAGUUGAAAAAAGUUCCUCUGAAACGUUCUGCUGAUGUACAAUCCAAAACAGUGUGUCAUCUUUCCUAUUGGGUUUUCAGUUAUUUGUUUAAGUGCGAGUGCGCUUUACUGGUGGUUGAAGUUUAAAAAGCUAUGCUGCAUUUAGGUCUCUCCCACUGGAGAAGCCUCUUUUAGUUUAGAGUGCUUGAAAGAACCCAGAAAUGUCCGUCUGAUGCUCUCACUGAUGGCAGGCACAGGUUUCAAUAUGCCAAAGCUUCAUCUUUGGCAGCUUUUAAUAUCCUAAAUGGCCACAAUUAUUCAGAGCUGUUUAAAUACCCAAUCAAUAAAUAUAUCAAUAUUUGUUCUUAUUAACAUUUGAUUCUGUUUUGCUACUGUGUGACAAGCACAGAAUCCCAAACUGGAGAGAUGUACAGAUGUGUGGGUGUGUUGUAUUACUCUGAUGGCAUGUGCUCAUGCCCAGGAGCCUUGAGAAUGAACACCUACAGGCAUGAAUGUAAGCUGCCUAAAUAUGGUUUCACAUUUUUAUGUUCAGACUUUUUCAUGUUUUGCUUUUUGGAAUGAGAAGAGCUGUGGAAACAGGUGAAAGCAGUUAUUGUUUCUUUCAUUAGGUGACUAAACCACUGCGUUAGACGUUAGACAUUUUAUGUGAAUGUAAAUAGCCAUAAUGCUACCAGUUACUAAUGUAUUAUUUACUGCAACCUGUCAUCUUUGCUGGUUUUGAUCAUUUUCGUCUCAGAACAUGGCUGUUGCCUAGAAUGUUCCACCUUACGAGGAGGACAGGGGGCGAGGGAGGAAUAUGCCACAUUGGCAGUUAAAAGAGGGGUGUGGUGCAGGAGUUCUGCAGCAACAGAGCUCCGUAGCGUGGACUCCCUCUCUCUCUCUCUCCCUCUGGUGAGGAUUUUGUUCCACUGUGGCAAACAUGGAAGGACUUACUCUGGACUGAGGCCACAGGUGCCAAGAACACGUAAGCACUUGUAGCACAACUGUGUCUUGUUUUGCUAUUGCAGUACAGGCAGUUCUGAUUUUUUACAUUUGCUAUGAAGAAUAUGGAAAAAUGUUUCUCCUGUAUUAUGACUAUGUAUCAUAAGCAUAUACGCAAAGCAUAAUGUAUAAUUAACACCACAACCGACAGCUAUUUCUGGAGUUUUGGAGAAAUUUGCCAAAGGUGACAGUAACUGCUGCAGUUUAAGCCCUUAAAAAAUCCAACCCACGUGCCAUCUAAUCAAGCAAUAAAUAUAAACCGACAAAACCAUGAAUAAAAACCUACUAUCUAAGGACGCUAUUAAAAUAUGAAAUGCUGCAUUGAUAUCAAGGCCCUUAUAAUUUAGAAAUUAGUGGCAGUGGUGCCAUCAUUGCAUUGCAACAUCACUAUUCAUACAACCGAAAGCUGAAGGGGUGUUUGAUUGUAAAAUGUUUUAGUUUUAUUUUGGCAAAGAUGUUUUUUAACUCUGACAUUGAAGUACACAGGCGUACCUCUACAUAUUUGUACAGACAGUGGUACUGUAGGAAAUUGGGGUAAUGAUAAGAGGAUGUUGAAUGAUAAAGCUGAACUGAGCAGUUCAAGCAGACAGGAGAAAAGGGUGCAGCCUCACUUACAAAGUGCUAUGUACUUUAACUUAAUUGAUCUUAAUUUCUGAUUUCACCACAAAGGCUUCUGAUUCAGUGAAACCACUAGACAUGAUCUGCAAUGAGAUGGAAACACAGUUUAUAACUCUCUUACAAAUUCACUUGCUUACUUUAUUUGAAGCCUAUUAGUAACUGCAAAGCUGUAAAGUAUGUUUUACUGUACAUGUAAAUAGCGCCUUGGGGUUAUUUUUAUGCCUUUUGUAACAAAAACUGUGGAUUUAAAAGUUUAUUUGAAAGAUACUUUCAGCACCAUUAAAGAUGAAUGCAGGUGUUUUCAUCUGUAGCACCACACAACAAUCACAUAUUAACUAAUUGCAGCCACUUUCAGAGGCUACAGUGCAUGCUGACUGAUCCCUGGUGUCUCGGGUUCAGGCACAUCCUUCCUUGCCUUGUCUGUCUGUUUGAACUCUCAAGUCAUCAGAGAGAGCCUACAGCACUGCAACAGCAGCAGCUCUGUCAGCUUGUGGCACGUCCCAGCUAUGGCCAUGAAUAUCAGUGACUCUGGACUGAGCUAUAGCAGUCUUCUGCAAUGCUAGGGGCUCUCUCUGUCCUGGAGCCCUGUCAUGUCUGUUGCCUGUUGCCAGGAAACCAACCAGCACAAAGCACAGCAGGGGAUUGCUAUGCAGCCACACUGUGGGGAGGCAGGCAGGUCAACCAGCUGGCGAUGAUAGACGAAUGAAAGAAUUGUGGACAGAUAGAUGGACUUGGUGGUGGGGGGUUAAACUGCUACUGAGAGGACUUUGUAACCAAGGGUUAAAUUACCCAUAGGAGAAGGAAAGUAUCCUGGUUAAAAUACAGAAUUUCAGCCCAGUGGGUUAAGAAGGUCAGAUAAAGGGAUGUGAGUCAAAUGACACAAAGCACAGAUAUACAAAGACCUAACAUGGUUGUAGUGAUCUGAAUCAGUGUGGCAAUACAGCAGAUUUAGUGAACCCAGGAAAACGUGUCUUGAGAUGAAGAAACCAGACAAGCACUGUAAGAUACUAUAGGUUUUGUUGACUCAACCAGCCUGCCUCAACCUCUGUGACACUGCAGUGACAAUCUGGUUUUUAUUGGGGUCUAUUAGCUUCAGUUUCCCCUUGCCAUUCUUUGGAAGAAUACACUGGGAUUGCUAUUAUCAUUGUGGUUAUCAACACUUUCUUUUAUACUGAUGACAACUGGAACCCUGUAUAGAUGUAAAGAUGGGAUUUCUUGCAUUAUGAUGAUGACUGAAACAUGGAUGUAUAUAUAUAUAUAUUGUGUAAAUUAAAAUGCAUUGCAUUAAGCUUUUA